AUGCCUUUCUGCCCCUACACCUCCGCCUUCACCCAUGGACAACCACCCCGCGUCGACCGACAAUUGAGUGGAGAAGAGUCUCUGCAAGUUGCUUCGAAUGGGGGUUUUGAAGCGUUAAUUGCUCACUCUGAGGACCACUCGCUGACACUGGGAAAAGCCAAGCUCGUGAAGAACGAUGCCUACUUCUCGCGGUACCAGGUCAAGUACCGCCGCCGCCGCGAGGGCAAGACCGAUUACUAUGCGCGCAAGCGAUUGAUCACCCAGGCCAAGAACAAGUACGGUGCGCCCAAGUACCGCCUGGUGGUCCGCUUCACCAACAAGGACAUCAUCUGCCAAAUCAUCCACUCCGAAGUUACCGGUGACCGCGUCUUCGCCGCUGCCUACGCUCACGAGCUCAAGGCCUAUGGCAUCACCCACGGUCUUACCAACUGGGCCUCCGCCUACGCUACCGGUCUUCUCCUUGCCCGCCGUACCCUGAAGAAGCUCGAGCUCGAUGAGGAUUUCACUGGUGUCGAGGAGGCCGAUGGCGAGUUCCAGCUGACCGAGGCCGUGGAGAUCGACGGUGAGGAGCGCCGCCCCUUCAAGGUCUUCUUGGAUGUUGGUCUCGCCCGUACCUCGACUGGUGCCCGCGUCUUCGGUGCCAUGAAGGGUGCCUCUGAUGGUGGUCUCUACGUUCCCCACUCCGAGAACCGCUUCCCCGGUUACGACAUGGAGACCAAGGAGCUCGACACGGAGACUCUCCGCAAGUACAUCUUCGGUGGCCACGUCGCUGAGUACAUGGAGACGCUCGCCGACGACGAUGAGGAGCGCUACAAGUCCCAGUUCGCCGGCUACAUCGAGGACGACAUCGAGGCCGACGCUCUUGAGGAGCUCUACGCCGAGGCCCACAAGGCUAUCCGCGAGGACCCCUUCAAGAAGGUCGAGAGCGAUGCUCCCAAGAAGACCAAGGAGGAGUGGAAGCAGGAGUCCCUCAAGUACAAGCAGAAGAAGCUUUCCAAGGAGGAGAGGUACAAGCGUGUCCAGGCCAAGAUUGCCGAGCUCAAGGGCCAGUAA